AUGGCAGCAGUACGACAACGUAAUAGACAUAGUUCAAGUGAAUCGAGCGGUAGAGGUUCAUCAUCUGAAGAUGAAACACCAUCAACAACAACAGUUAAUCGACCGUCGAGGGCUAAACCAGUUGAAUUAACAUUAAAAGAUGAUGAAGAUACAAUUGGUUUUCAAGCACCAUUACCUGAAGAAUAUGAAGUACCGGGUGAAUCUGAUGAUGAACGAAGGGUAUUACCGAGAGCCAAUCCAUCAUCUAUAUCAGGUACAGCUGACGAUGAUAGUAAAAGUAAAAACUCACAAUUAGCAAAGAAAAAACGGAAAAGAAUUUACUAUAUUUGUGUAUCCAUGUGCAAAUAUGAAUGUGUACGACGAGCAGCAAAACGUCUUAAUUUUCGUGAAGUAGCUGAUGAAGAUGAUUGGAAUGUUUAUUGGACAGAUACAAGUGUUGGUAUUGAUCGAGUUGGACAAAUGAAAAAAUGGCAGAAAAUAAAUCAUUUUCCUGGCAUGAGUGAAAUAUGUCGAAAAGAUUCUUUAACAAGAAAUAUGGCUCGUAUGAUAAAAAUGUUUCCAAAAGAAUAUGCAUUUUAUCCAAAAGCUUGGUGUCUUCCAGCUGAUUAUGCUGAUUUUGCUAAAUAUUGUUCCGAGAAAAAAUAUAGAACAUAUAUUUCUAAACCAGAUGUCGGUUGUCAAGGUCGUGGAAUAUUUAUAACAAAAAAUCCAGGCAGAGAUAUUAAACCUUCUGAUAAUUAUGUUGUACAAGUAUAUGUUAAUCGACCAUUUGUACUCGAUGGCUUUAAAUUUGAUUUACGUGUUUAUGUUGCUGUAACAUCAUGUGAUCCAUUUCGAAUAUUUGUUUAUAAAGAUGGUCUUGCGCGUUUUACAACUCAACAAUAUGAAGAACCAUCAAAUUCAAAUUGUAAAGAUGUUUUUAUGCAUUUAACAAAUUACGCUAUUCAAAAACGUUCUGAUGAUUUCGUACGUGAUGAAGAUUCAGGGACUAAACGUCGAAUAACAACAAUUAAUCGAUGGUUAGCCGAACAUGGUUAUGAUGUACCAAAAAUGUGGGCAGAUAUUGAUGAUAUCAUUAUAAAAACUCUUAUAUCAGCUCAAUCUGUUCUUAAACAUAAUUAUCGAGCUUGUUUUCCUAAUCAUUAUCGUGGUAGUGCUUGUUUUGAAAUACUUGGUUUUGAUGUAUUACUUGAUAAAAAAUUAAAACCACAUGUUCUUGAAGUAAAUCAUUCUCCAAGUUUUACAACAGAUUCUAAACUUGAUCGAGAAAUAAAAGAUGCACUUAUAUAUGAUACAUUACUUCUAUUAAAUAUGCCAGCAGCUGAUAAACGUCGAUUUCUUGAAGAAGAAAAAAAACGUGCAAAAGAAAGACUUUUUCAAAAAGCAAAUAAAAAAGAUAAUAAAUAUCGUGAAGAACAAGAAGAUCUUGCUCAACAAUGGCAAAAAGAAAUUGAAAAAUGGGAAGAUCAACAUUUAGGAAAUUAUCGACGAAUUUAUCCAGGUGUAGAUACAGCGGAAAAAUAUGAUAGAUUUUAUACACAAUCGGGAACACUUUAUUCCGAAACAGCUGCAUCAAAAGCUCGUCUUGAACAAGCAAAAGCACAAAUGGAUGAAAUACAAAAGAAACAAGAUAAAUUAAAUGCAUUUAAAAAUCGAAAACCAAAUGCUGGUGUAGGUAAUAAUAAUCCGAGAGAAUUGAGAGGUGAAAGUCCAACACGAAAACCAAUAUCAAAUGUGAAAACAUCAAGAAGUUCAUCAUUUAAUCGAGCACCAUUAAAACGUAUUACAGCUAAUUCACUCGUGUCUACUCCAACAAUUCCAAGUUAUGGUGAAUCAACAAAACCUAUUGAAAUUGAUGAAACUGAAGAAUUCGAAAGAAUGACAUUACUUAAACAACGUGAAGCACUUCUUAGAACAUCAGGUGUCCCUGAUAUGUGCCAUCGUAUGUUAUUUGGUACACCGGGAACAAUGGCAAAUGUACCAUUAUCAAGUAAUCCUAAUAUAACAAUUCAUGGACAACAUCAUAAUAAUCAAAGUGAUGUAGGUGAUCCAUCACAAAAUCUUUCAUUACUACAAUAUGUUGGUUCAAAAUUACCUAAUGCACAAAUAAAUCGAUAUACGACAAAUAAUGGAGUAUCAACACAAGCACUACAACAGUAUUUCACCAGUCAACAACAUCCAUUACAACCUAAAUAUGAUAUUCGAACAACAACAAAAGUUGCUACAAUCAAUUCACAAAGUAAUACAAGACUAAGUCGUUAUCAACAAACAUUACGUCCAUCAGAGAAUAUUCUUCCAAAUAAUAAUACUAAUCGUGCUAUAUUACCAACACAUAUUAUGCCACAAAUAACAACUAAUUUUUCACCCAAACCAACUAUACCUACAGCUAAUACUACGUUUGAUCCAUCCGUACGAACUAAAAGUGCAAAUACAGUACCACGACAACGAACAGGCGGUCUCUAUUUGGUUUCAUGUGGUUCUAAUACAACUCGUCUUCCUGCAAAUGCUGCUCAUCCUCGAGGAAUAGCUGUUAAUGGAUCAUCAAUGCCAGUUGGAAAUAAAUUACAAUCUUUAUGUGAUUAUUCAUCACUUGAACAAUUUAAACGACUUCAUACAACAAAACAAUCAGCAAAUGAAAAUAGAAUAUCACCAACAUCUUCAUCACCACCAAAAUGA